GCUGCUGCUCCGGUGCCUGGAGGUUGGUAUGCACCUCCGGCCGCUGCUUGGCCUCCAGCUGUGCAACAAGGUCCUCCGGGUCCGCCGUACGGUGGAGCCAGUGAUUACUGGAGUGCGGGUGCUGCACCUAAUGGUUAUCUCCCUCCUCCACCCCCGCCUCCUCCAGGCUUGU